AUGCCGCGUAGUGGAAAGGCUUGUGCUCAGUGGUUUUCGACUGAAUGUCCUGUUGGUGACCAGCCUAAUUCGGUGGACACCGACAAAGCAACUUUCGAGCGUCAGUCGCUUUUAAUCGAUGACUACAGAAAUUCGGUGUUCAGUGGCCACCGACGCAACGGUGAAAUGUUGCUGUUGAUAGGUGGUCAUCGAGCGCACUCUAGUUAUUGCUCUUCGAUCAGUUUAUUGAGAGCACAACCAUGCGCCGGUGGUUCAUAUGUCAAAGAAGAACCAUCUGAUAUAACUGAUCAGUCUGUAAAUAAUAUUCUUAUGCCGUCUUCAUCAUCUAUCCCAACUGGUUCAACCUCGUCAGUUCGUGUCGUAUGUGAGGGUUAUAUUCCCACGAUUUUUGAUGGAAACAACGAUUUCAUUGAAGCAUCAAAGAUUUCUCAUCGGAAAACGUAUUACGGCGCCAAAUUAACGACACGUUCACGUCAAGAUAUGAUGCUCGAAGAGCCAACUGUUGUAUGCACUUCCAAGCGUAGAGUUUCCUCGGAGCAAAACGUUGCAGCAAGGAAACGCAAAUUAUCCGCUGUUACUAGGACAACAACGAACGCAGAAUGGAAUAACGAUGAUCAGUUGCACCCAAGUAAUGUGGCAAGGAAUGCAGUCGAUACAUCCGCUGCCGCUGAAGCAUUUCCCCUCAAUCCGAUCGAGCAAAUCGUGCCGUGUACGUUAGAUUUCAUUUAA